AUGAAUCCCCACUCAUCACGCAUGUACCCUCAUGCCCGAAACUACUCCGCAGACGAACCCCCGGUCUACAGUGCAUAUGGCGAUUCCGCGUCUCUGCUGGAAAAUGAGUCGCCGCCCCGUCACGGUGGACCGACAAUGAGAUUGUUGCCUACGUCGGGGGCGGGCGUGGAUGAGGAACUUGAUGACGAGGAUUUGCAGGAUCAUACCUCGUCGUAUCAGUAUGAGUCCGAGUAUCCGUCGUCGGAGUAUCAGUAUCAGUAUCCGGAUGAGGAUGGGAUUCGUCAAUACUCCCGCGGUUACUACCAGUACGAUGGCUACGAUGAUUCUCCCUCCCGGCCACCCUCGAGUCUACACCAUAUCCCCUCAAUCCCUCCCCCAACAGCCUCUCAAGUCGACGGUCCGGACUAUUCAUCGCGUCCAGGAUCGCCCCUGCGCCCCUGGAGUCCCGCUCGCUCAGACUGGACCAGAGCACCCAGACCCCCGUCCGUUUCUAGCUCGCAGUAUGAACGGGCCGAUCUCAAUGGUAGUCCACGACCAGGAACGCCUAGUACUCGCUACGGAGGUAGCCCGAGACGUCCAUUACCACCAGCGCCGCUGUUCGCAGCACCGACGUCGUCUGCUACCGGACAGGACACGAGUAUUGAUAUUGGUGAUGGUCAUGAGGAUGAUCCCUUCGGAGGAAGUGGUAGGAUGGUAGACCCGUUUGACCAGCGCGCGAGUUUCAUGAGUGAAGAGACAAUCAUCACGGAUGAGAAAGACGCAAUGACGAAACUUGAUCUCGACGAUGAUGAAUAUGUUGACGAGGAUGAUGAGUCUGUCGACCCGAACAUGCAUUAUGGUCCGGCACCUGUGAAGCAGGGCCGUCGUGGUGUUCGGGACACCCUGAUGACGAAAAAGGAAGUGCAGCUGAUCAACGGUGAACUUAUCCUGGAGUGCAAAAUCCCGACUAUCUUGCACAGUUUCCUCCCGAGACGUGACGACCGUGAGUUUACGCAUAUGCGGUAUACGGCUGUUACCUGUGACCCCGACGAUUUCACACAGAAGGGCUACAAGCUUCGUCAACAGAUCGGGAAUACGAUGCGCGAGACAGAACUGUUCAUUUGUGUGACCAUGUAUAACGAAGACGAGAUCGGCUUUACCCGGACCAUGCACGGUAUCAUGCGAAACAUCAGCCAUCUCUGCUCGCGGACGAAGUCCCGGACCUGGGGCAAAGACGGAUGGAAGAAGAUCGUGGUGUGCAUUGUGGCAGAUGGUCGUAAGAAGGUUCACCCUCGCACGCUCAAUGCCCUAGCCGCGCUUGGUGUGUACCAGGAGGGUAUUGCCAAGAACGUUGUCAACCAGAAGCAGGUCACGGCGCACGUGUAUGAGUAUACGACGCAGGUAUCUUUGGAUCCGGAUUUGAAGUUCAAGGGUGCUGAGAAAGGAAUUAUGCCGUGCCAGAUUUUGUUCUGUUUGAAGGAACAUAAUUUGAAGAAGCUUAACUCGCACCGUUGGUUCUUUAAUGCGUUUGGUCGUGCCUUGCAGCCUAAUAUUUGCGUCUUGCUUGAUGUCGGAACCAAACCUGCUCCUACAGCAUUGUACCAUCUUUGGAAAGCCUUCGACCAAGACUCCAACGUCGCCGGUGCCGCCGGAGAAAUCAAAGCCGGAAAGGGCAAGAACAUGUCCGGUCUUCUGAACCCCCUCGUCGCAAGUCAGAAUUUCGAAUACAAAAUGUCCAACAUCCUCGAUAAACCCCUGGAAUCGGUCUUCGGGUACAUUACCGUGUUGCCCGGUGCGCUGAGUGCGUAUCGUUUCUUCGCGCUGCAGAACGAUGCCGAUGGCAAUGGGCCAUUGAAUCAGUAUUUCAAGGGAGAGACGCUUGUGGGACAGGAUGCGGAUGUGUUCACGGCCAAUAUGUAUCUUGCCGAGGAUCGUAUUUUGUGCUGGGAGUUGGUUGCUAAGAGGGAGGAGAGAUGGGUUUUGAGGUUUGUUAAGAGUGCGGUUGGUGAGACUGAUGUUCCUGAUACUGUGCCUGAGUUUAUCUCGCAGCGUCGUCGUUGGCUGAACGGUGCUUUCUUCGCGGCUGUGUAUUCCAUCGUCAAUGGUAAACAGAUUUGGAAGACGGAUCAUACGUUUGCACGGAAGAUUCUGCUACAGAUUGAGUCUGUCUAUCAAAUUUUGAACCUUCUCUUUACGUACUUCGGAUUGGCAAACUUCUACCUGGCAUUCUACUUCAUCGCUGGCUCCCUUUGCGACAAGAAGAUCGAUCCCUUCGGUCACAACGUGGGCAAAUAUAUCUUCAUCGUGCUGCGAUACGCGUGUAUCCUGGUUAUGUGCUUGCAAUUCAUUAUUUCGAUGGGCAAUCGACCGCAAGGCGCCAAAAAACUCUAUCUCUCCGGAAUAAUCGUCUACAGCAUAAUCAUGAUCUACACAGCCUUCUGCACCCUCUACCUCGUCGUCCUCGAACUCAUCGCCGCAACAGGCGGCGACGUCGACCUCCCCGUCUCCGACGGCCUAAUGGUCAACAUCGUCGUCUCGCUGCUCUCCACCGUCGGCCUCUACUUCUUCACAUCCUUCCUCUACCUUGACCCUUGGCACAUGUUCACCUCAUCAGCGCAGUACUUCGCCCUCCUCCCGUCGUACAUUUGCACACUACAAGUCUACGCCUUCUGCAACACCCACGACGUAACCUGGGGAACAAAAGGCGACAACGCCCUAAACACCGACCUCGGUGCGGCGCGGAUAGUCAACGGCUCCGUCGUCGAACUCGAAAUGCCCUCCGAGCAACUCGACAUUGAUUCCGGGUAUGAUGCUGCACUGCGCAACCUCCGUGACAGACUGGAAGUCCCCGAACCGCCACCCUCCGAGUCCCAAAUGCAAGAAGACUACUACCGCGCCGUCCGCACAUACAUGGUUUCCAUCUGGAUGGUUGCCAAUGUCGUUCUCGGCAUGGCGGUUUCUGAAAUCUACGGUGUCCAAUCGAGUGGUACGAAUGUUUACUUGGCUAUUAUUCUGUGGUCUGUCGCUGUGCUGGCAUUUAUUCGUGCAGUUGGCUCAACUACAUACGCUAUUUUAUUCGUCGUCCAGAAAAUUGUCGAGGGUAAGACCAAGUUCGACGCGGGGAAUAUUGCGAAUGCCAACGCGGCCGCGAGCGUUAAUGCCAGCGCUGUCGGAAGCAGUACUAGUACCGCGUUACGGUAUGGCGGUGGAACUAAUAUUAAAGAAAAGUUCACGGAGGCCUGGUGGGCUACUAAGAGGGGUUUUGGGAAAAUGAUGUUUUGGAGGAAGUAG